CAUACUGCAGCAUAGCUGGGGCAAGCAGCCAGCUGAACCGUCAAUCAUGUCCCUGAUCCUGCCUACUCUGCUCUGUCUUGAGCUAAUUCUGGGUCAGAGCAUACAGGCUCAGAAAGGAGGUUUACCCCAACCUAAUAUCACAGCUCAUCCCAGAUCCAUAGUUCCUUAUGGUAAGCAUGUGACCAUCCAGUGCUGGGGACCUGCAGAAGCUGGAGCAUACAAGAUAUUUAAAGAGGGAGGACCUGAGCCUAAAGAGGCUAAGACAUCCACUUUAUAUAUCCAAAUUAUCGAACUAGACUGGACAGGACUGUACCACUGUUCCUACAGGAGUAGAGAACUCUGGUCCCCACACAGUGCCCCCCUGCCAGUGGUCUUGACAGGAGCUUAUAAGAAACCCUCACUCAGCAGCAUGAGUGGCACUGUGGUGGCUUCAGGAGACAAAGUGACAUUGAAGUGUUUCUUGAAAUUCAAGUUUGAUAGAUUUAUUCUCGUCAAAGAAGAUGAAUUUCACACCAUCCAGAAUCAAAGCGCCACAUGCCAGGACAGUCAGUGCCAGGCCAUCUUCAACAGGGGCCCUGUCAACUCCACACAGGCAGGGACCUACAGGUGCUAUGGUGCCUUCAACGAUGACCCCUAUGUGUGGUCUCGCCCCAGUGACUCAUUAGAACUUGAGGUCAAAGAAUUACCUGAUGGUUCCACCAGACCCACAGACCUGGGACCUACACAGGCCUCCCGCGCCCAAGACUACACAGUGGGGAAUCUCAUCCGCAUGGGCGUGGCUGCGUUGGUCCUGGUGGUCCUCGGGGUGCUGCUGUUUCAGGCUCGAGACAGUGAGAGAAGUGUCUCCAAUGCAGCCAGAACGUGCGCACAAAGGGGACAAGGCACCGUUCAGAAUGUGGGAGCUGUGGAGCCCAUCUGAUGACCCAGGGGGAGAUGAAGGACAGUCCGACCACAGGUGGGAAAACUACCUGCUGAUGUGUCCAGGGCAGUGAACAAGCAUUAGGUGCAGAGAGUGUCUGAGUGCUCCCUGUGCAGGUCUCUUCCUCCAUUAAAUGUCUGUUUUCUCUGCCUUCUUGUUGACUUUCUGUAAUGACCCCCCUUCUUCUCUCACCCCUGUGACAUGAGGGACCUUCACACAUGGCUGUUUCAGUCCACACCUCUAAAACUGUCUUCCACUUUUAUGUAAUAAA